GAGAUGGUGAGGAUAUUCCAGAGGACCAUCGUAGACCCCUUCCCAGAGGUCAAGAAGGAGAGCUGUAGGUGUGCCGCCAACUACGCCAGGACUAUACCGGAACAUUUUCACAUGCAGUCAGAAUCGCUCAUAAAACCUCUUAUGCAGACAAUAUCACAUCAGCAUUCUAAAGUGCGUGUAGCUGUCAUCCAGACAACAGGAGCUGUGAUACAGUAUGGCAACGGGAAGUCAGUGGACGAUGUUCUCUCUCAUUUGGCACAGAGACUUUUUGAUGAUUCACCACAAGUAUGUAAAGUAAUA